CGGUGCAGCGACGCUGCGUCAAAAUUUAAAUCAAUCCGCGCAUGGAUUGGCUUCAGUGCAAAUAAUAAUUAAUCUUUGGAUAUUUAUCUUUUCAUCCUAAAGAUCCAGCGUUUACGAUUCGGAAGCGGAUUGUGGCAUACUCAGCCCAACAGGGCAGUAGGCUCUUCGCGUGUGCGCCAUGGUUCGCCAGAAUCCUGUCUCCAGCGCGGCUGGACCUGCUGCUGCCCAGACUAAUGGCAACACUUUCACGCUCCAGAAAUCCAAGGACUCUUUAUCCAAAUACCUUAAUCUGACCACUGAACAGCAGGAAACCUAUUUAAAGCUUUUAAUUUUAACUGUCAGCUGUAUUAUGUCUUUUAGCACAAGAUUGUUUUCAGUUUUGCGAUAUGAAUCAGUUAUUCACGAAUUUGAUCCUUAUUUUAAUUAUCGCACCACAAAGUAUCUCGCCGAAGAGGGAUAUUAUAAAUUUCACAACUGGUUCGAUGACCGUGCCUGGUACCCUCUGGGACGCAUUAUCGGUGGGACUAUUUAUCCAGGGCUGAUGGUGACCGCCUCAGCGCUGCACUACAUCAUGAACGCAUUGCACGUCAGUAUCGAUGUGCGAAACGUCUGCGUGUUCUUCGCGCCACUGUUUUCCAGCUUCACCACCAUCGUAACUUACCUCCUCACCAAGGAACUCAAGGAUUCCGGUGCCGGUUUAGUAGCCGCCGCUCUGAUUUCCAUCGUCCCAGGGUAUAUUUCACGAUCCGUGGCUGGCUCAUAUGAUAACGAGGGCAUUGCCAUUUUUUGCAUGCUGCUGACGUAUUAUCUGUGGAUUAAGUCAGUCAAAACCGGAUCGAUCUAUUGGUCGACUGCGUGUGCUCUUGCCUACUUUUACAUGGUGUCAAGCUGGGGAGGCUACGUCUUUUUGAUCAACUUGAUACCCCUGCAUGUGUUGGCCCUCAUCUUCACCGGACGAUUUUCACACAGGAUAUACGUGGCCUACUCAACGGUUUACUGCAUUGGAACGAUUUUGUCCAUGCAGAUCCCGUUCGUUGGCUUCCAGCCUGUGCAGUCCAGCGAGCAUAUGGCCGCAUUUGGAGUAUUUGGACUUUGCCAGCUAUAUGCCUUUGUGGAGUAUUUGCGCUCAAAAAUGACCAAGGAAAAUUUUGAAACUUUGUUGCGGUCAGUUGCUAUGGUGUUUGUGGGCGUUAUCGGUGUUGCCGGAUUAAUCUUAUCCCUUUCGGGAAAAAUUGCUCCUUGGACUGGACGCUUUUACUCUUUGUUGGAUCCAUCGUACGCCAAAAACAACAUCCCCAUCAUCGCCUCAGUCUCUGAGCAUCAGCCGACUGCAUGGUCAUCGUUCUACUUCGAUCUGCAGCUCUUGGUCUUUAUGUUUCCAGUUGGAAUGUAUUACUGCUUCAAGAAACUGACCGAUGCCAACAUUUUCAUCAUCAUGUACGGUGUGACGAGCAUUUAUUUUGCCGGAGUCAUGGUGCGUCUGAUGCUCGUAUUGGCUCCUGUUAUGUGCGUGCUCUCGGGUAUCGGAAUUUCUUCCAUCCUUCAUAUUUAUGCUCGUAACUCCGAGCCGGACACUUCCGCUGAAAAGAAGGGGAAAAAAGGCGGAGAGACCAGUUACUGGUUCAAGAGCGAAAUCGGAACCGCUGUGUGUUGCAUGAUGACAGUUUUCUUGGCGUCAUACGCGUGGCACUGUAUCUGGGUGACUUCGGAAGCUUACAGUAGUCCUUCGAUCGUGCUAUCAGCACGUGGUGGUCAUGGCGAUCGGAUUAUCUUUGAUGAUUUUCGAGAGGCAUACUAUUGGUUGCGGAUGAAUACAGAUGAGGAUGCGAAAGUUAUGUCUUGGUGGGAUUAUGGAUAUCAGAUUACGGCCAUGGCAAAUCGGACUAUUCUAGUGGAUAACAAUACAUGGAAUAAUACACACAUAUCACAAGUUGGGCAAGCCAUGUCGCGUCCAGAGGACAGAGCGUAUAAGAUAAUGCAGGAACUAGAUGUGGAUUACGUGCUAGUGAUAUUUGGCGGGCUGACAGGAUAUUCUUCUGAUGAUAUCAACAAGUUUCUGUGGAUGGUACGUAUCGGAGGCAGUACGGAAAGAGGUGCUGAUAUUAAGGAAACUGAUUAUUACACGCCGUCCGGAGAGUUCCGCGUUGAUCGAGAAGGAUCUCCCACUCUGCUGAAUUGUCUUAUGUAUAAACUGUGUUAUUACCGGUUCGGCGAUGUUUACACUGAAGGGGGCAAGCCUCCCGGAUACGACCGCGUGCGCAAUGUGGAGAUUGGUAACAAGGACUUUGAACUGGAUAAACUGGAAGAAGCCUUUACUUCCGAGCACUGGCUCGUGCGUAUCUACAGAGUGAAGAAAAUGCCUAACAGAGGAAUUUGAAUUUUUUUAAUUCUGCCAAGAAAUUGUGCAAUCAUUUCAAAGCAUUGUCAGCUGAUCGUGGGAUUUGUAUGUUGGUUUUAUGCCGUUUUGGCGAGGGAGAUUGUUAAUUGUUUCUGAUUUUAUAUUGUACGCAUUGUUGAAAAAAAAUUCUCAAAAUA